AUGGCGAUGGCGCCGCCGUCGGCCACUCCAUCAGGAACUGGGAGCAGGGGCACCGAUGUGGAUGGAGAAACUGAGCUCUCAUUGGAGGAGAGACAGGACGUUCAAACUCGGAAGGCUGCCACGCCCUCUGUCCUCUGCGCCUUCUUCCACACCACGCUCCGCUCUGCCUUUUCCAUUGCCCUUCUCCACUUCGUUGCCAUGCCAGCCCAAGCCCAAGCCCAAGACCCUCCACAGAUGGCGUCUCCGUCCGCGCCGCCGCCGCCGUCCUCGUGGGUCAUCCUCGGUAGCAUCCCAAGUGUCUCCACGCCGGCGGACGGCGGCGACGCCUCUGUCGCGCUCACGGCGCCGCCGCGCGUCUCGAUCCUCACCGUCACCCCGCGCGUCUUCCCGGAUCCGCCAACGCCCCACUUCUUCCCCUUCGUCCUCGCCGCCGACCCCUCCGGCCUGCUCCUCCUGCAGGCCAACCUGCGCUGCACCCCGACCCGUCAACUCAUCGACCAACCUGGCCAAGAAGGCGUCAUGUGGAAGUACAACAACUCCCGCUACUUCGUGCUCGACGCCACCACCGGCUCGGCGUUCCACCUCCCGGACCCCGACCCCCAGCCCCAGCUCACCAUCCUGCACCAGGCCCUCCUCGGCCUUGUCGUCUCCCCUGGCGGCGGCGGCCACUACAUGGUCGCGGAGCUCCAGCCCUUCAUCGGCACCGACACGGCCACGCUCCUCUGCUUCUCUACAGAGGUCGGGGAGUGGGUCGCGAAGGCCGUCCAUUACCCUCUCCCGCCGCGGUCGUGGGCUGCCACCUGCGCGCUCUCGCACCGCGGGAGGCUCUGGUGGGUCGACCUCUCCUGGGGCGUCCUCACCUGCGACCCCUUCGCCGACGACCCGGUCCUGGGCUUCAUCCCGUUCCCGCCGGACAGGGUGCUCAGGUGCAGGGAAGCUUGGGGAGUCACCGACCAGUACCGCUGCGUCGGGGUGAGCGACGGCAAGCUGCGCUUCGUGGACACGUACUACAUGGGCAAGCGUCGUGCUCGUCCCACCGUGAGCGUCUGGACGCUGGCGGAUCCAGACUCAGCAGAGUGGACGCUGGAGCACGAGGUGACGUUCACAGAGAUCUGGGCCGAUCAGAGCUACAAGGCCACCAGGCUGCCCAAGAAGAUCCCCACGCUCGCGCUGAUUCACCCCAAGAACCCCGACGUCGUCUACUUCUUUCUGGAAGAGCACCUCUUUGGUGUUGACGUGCGUGCUCGCAAGGUGGUGGAGUGCGAGGUCUAUGGCCUGGUUGCGCCGCCCAGCUGCUGCAUCGCCACCCGCUUCGUUCGGGCAUGGGAGCUGCCGCGGGCACUCUCCUCAGGUACCAAUCAACAAUCGUUCAUUUCAUUUGUCCCCUGUUUUUAUGUCUGCUGUCCAUUGAUCUGGUUGUCCCCUGUUUUGUUUAAGUAG